AUGCUGAGGUCAACCCGAAGGCUACUCCCUCCAAGAGGCCUUUCCAGGCCCUUGUCAUCCCAAAUUAGCGCCACUGCUCAGCCUAACAAUUGGAAGCGACCACUGGAGGUGGGGGUUCUCCCAGCAUAUGAUGAAGCUGUGGCAUACAUAGAAAAGGAUGCUGCAGCCAAACGCGAGAAACUCGAAGCUUUGCGGAAAGUAGCCGACGGAAGCUUGUCUCCUGGAGAGUUGCUCAAGCUUGAGAUCGAAAGCAAGAUAAACUUGCCUCAAGUCAGGUGGAACUUUGAAAACAAUCAGAUGGACCUUAAUCAACCUGUGUAUCGUCACCUGCUAGAGCAAAAAUGGAGAACGAAAGGACGCUUAGAUCGUUUGAUGGAGCGGAUUUACCAAAUGCAUGUCGUCCCGGACGUAAUCCCUAUCAUCAGACCCGCUGUGGACGUCCGAGUCAACUUUGCGGAUACGGUCACACCUCGAUACAUCUCGACACCCCGCAUUCCGGUACCCGAGAAAAAAUGGGCUAAGGAUUUGUCUGAUGUAGUUCCGGGAUCUUUUGUUUCUCCUGCAAAGUCGGUUGAACACCCCAAAGUAAUGGCCCAGGUCUUCCAUCCAGAACCUCGUCUCUAUACUCUCCUCAUGAUCGACCCAGAUGUCCCUUCGACAGCAACAUCAUCAUUCCAAAAUUAUCUUCACUGGUUAAUACCUAAUAUAUCUCUUUCCGCUUCAAGCAACGGUGCAAUCUCGACCACAAAAUAUACUCCUUCAAUCCCAUACAUUCCACCACAUCCUCAAAACGGAACGCCUUAUCAUCGAUACGUCCUACUUCUCCUUCCCCAGAGGGAGGCGUUGAGCCUUGGUGCUGAUGAUAUAAUCAGACUUGGCUUUGAUGUCCGUUCAUUUGCAUCCCAACAUGGUUUGCAGAUUGCCCAUGAAGAUGCAAACUCGAGUGCUGGCGGGAUUUUCAUGUGGCGUGCGAUCUGGGACAACUCUGUGUCUGCCAUUUAUAAACAUAUUCUCGAACUUCCCGAACCGAGAUACGGUCCACCACCAAGACUCGAUCCUUAUCUCGACGAGGCUGGCCAGAGACCGAAGAAAUAUCCUGAGUUACCACCUCAUGUGCACAUGCAGGCGCCUUCAACGCGGAUUACUCCUCGCGCUGAGCAGACUGUUCAUAAUGUCAUAAAUAGUUAA